AUGAAAAUCAACAUAGCAGUGUUAGCGUGCAUUGGAGCAAUGGCAGGCUUAGUCCGCUGCGAGGUAGCAAAUAUGAAGGACUCAGUGGUAGAAAUGCCCAACGCAGGCGAAUCUACCGCUAGGCUUUCAGUUGCUGACUACGCGAAUGAAGACGAGGGGUCUGCGCACGGAUUCGGAGCAGGCGAAAAAGCGGAGAGAAAGAGCAGAGAUCUCCCCCACGAUGAAGAAGCAGAGAAGUCAGUGCAGGAGAUGAUAGACGAAAUCUCGAGAAAAGCAGCUGAAGACUUUGUGAAAGACGCAGCAAAGAAUCACCCCAACAUGACAGAAACACCGGAAGAAAUGGUGGAAAUGUCCAAAGAAGUGGCUAAAAAGAUACUGGAAGAGGCAGCAGCCAAGGGAGAAGCCCCAGAAGAGGCAAAAGAAGGAGAAAAGGCCAAAGAGGAGGAGAAAGCAAAGGAGGAAGAAGUGCAGAGAGAAAUCGUCAUAUUCUCCAAGGACCUCUCAUUCACCGAUGAAGAAAUGAGCAAAUUCCCCCACAAAGUGGAGAUUAGCUCGGACGAAGAAAGAGCCAAGUCGCUGGGCGUGACAAUGCCAGGCCUCUACUAUAAAUUAAACACAGAGGAGUACACAUUCGAUCUUCCAGAGAAAAGUUUUGCAGAAGUCAGCGAAAAACUGAAGAAAUCAGGCGAGAUAGCCAAGCUCCCGGUCUUUGGAGAGCUGCACAAGGACAAUGCGCAGAUGUACGAGAACAUCCCCAUCCCCAUUGUGUACUUCGUCUCCAGAGCCAGCGAAUUUGGCAACUACGACUGGUGCCAGCCCAUAGCUGAAAGCCUCAAGUCUUCCCUUUCAGUUGCAAAGCUAGACUACACCACCACAGAGUUCUUUUUGAAUCUUUCCGGUGUGAACGAAAAGAUGCUCCCCGCUCUUUUCUUGAUAUCCCAGAAGAACAACAAAAUGUACAAAUAUUUACUGCCAAAUGCAGAAAAUAACAGUGCAGCUGCUGAGUUCCUGACUACCUGUGCAAACAACCUCGAGAGCCUCACGCCGUACCUCAUGGGAGAGCCAAGACCCUCAGACGCAGAGAUGGUAAAUGAAAGCGGUGUAACAACCAUUGUAAACAGCACAUUUGACGAGAUUGUGCUCAACCCACUCGUGGAUACACUUGUUGUCUACUACGCGGAGUGGUGCAGAUUCUGCCAGAACCUCAUCCCAGGGCUGGACAAAGUCGCAGCUGCGCUGAAAAACAUUUCCAGCGACAUUGUCAUCGGAAAGAUGCUUAUGUCCAGGAACGAUCUGCCUCUGCACGACGAGCUGGAGCCAAUUAAUGCAUACCCCACGAUAAGAGUAUACAAAAAAGGAACAAACAAGGAAGUUGAGCUGGAAAUACUCGAUAAGCCGGCAGAUGCAGAAAGCAUUUUGGAGUUCCUUAAGAAACACGCCGAUGUCCCUGCAGACCUGACUCUCGAGCCCGCGGCAGAGACCAAGAAGGCAGAAGCUUCAGCAGUGCCAGAAGAAAUCAAAGUGGAUCUAUAA